UCCCAGCUAUGGGGGGAGUGGAGUCUAGGGGUUAGAGUGGAGGGACUGGGAGCCAGGACUCCUGGGCUCUCCCCCUGGCUGUGGGGUCUAGUGGGUUAGAGCAGGGGAGUCAGUACUCUUGGGUUCUCCCCUGUAAUAGUUAGAGAUGCGGGAGGCUAGGAAUUGCCACAAGCUCCGUGCAGGUACAGGAGGCUGUCCACAUAGAAUGACUUGCAAGAUAGUGGCCUUAGUCUAGUUAAAGUGGGAGUUUCCUGGAGAGGGUGGGGACAACCACCCCAAAACAUCUCUCCAGUUCCUGCCAAAGAAUCCUGCAUGAAAUUUCAUUUGCACCUGGGGCACACAGCAACAGGAGAGGGCACAACCUUUUAUGGAGCCAAAGGCCCAGUAUGAACCAGUGGUGCAAGGUGCAGCUACAGAAAUCCCAAUCUGGCCUUUAAAUGGUGCACUAAAGGCCAGAUUUAACCCUGGUGCAACUCUCAUUGGGUUCAGUGGGGUUGAUCAGCUUACAGAAGUGCUGGAUUUGGCCCUGUGUGGUGAAGUGAAUUACUGCAAUUUGCUGUUCACCUCUGGAGCCCUGAGUUUAGACCUGCCAGAGGUUCAAGUCAUGAGAUAUCAAUGGGGCUGAUCCUUCUGCCUUCAUUGAUCUCAAUAUGGGGAUGCUUAGAAUCUCUGAAAAAUCAGGCCAAUGGUCUCACAUAAACAAGGAUGAAGACUAUUGUUAGUAAGUCACCUUUGAAAAGCCAGAUCUCAUUCAAAGUUGUUUAUUGCAUAGGGUGAAGGCAGUGAGUGAAAAUGAAGUGGUUGACGUUUUGUGUCUUAUAACACAAGAGUUUGGUGCCUGGAAAGGAUCUGAAUUAAGCAUCAGCUAAGCAAAGCUUCUGUAUGUGAUGCCUUAACCACAGCGUGAGAUGUUCCCCUCUCCCCCACGGGGAAGCAUCAUGCUGACCAGUAUCGCCGAUGGGAUCAUGUGUUGCCUGAUGGGCAAGACAACCAACGCGGUGGGGCCCGUGGACAGCGUUGAGUCCAGCGACGGCUACAGCUUCCUGGAGGUGAAGCCCGGGAGGGUCCUGCGGGUGAAACACACCCUGCCCACCCGCCGGCCCGAGGAGGGGCCCGAGGGGGGGCCCGAGCGGGGCGUGGUGCACUGUAAGCGCAAGAUCACCCUCUACCGCAACGGGCAGCUGGUGAUCGAGAACCUGGGCGAUGCUAUCCGCUCCGAGCUCCUGCACUGCCAGAACGGCCCCGGGGAGCCCCAGAGCACCAUGGAACUGGAGCUCUCGGACGUUGCCGGCAAUGCCUCCACCCAGGGCACCGCCGCCAACCCAGGCUCCGGCGCCCGGCAGGCUCCAGCGCCCGGCAAGCGCCGGAAGCGCAAGCCCAAGAAGGUCGUCAACAUCGACUGCAAGAAGCAGAUCAGCAGCUGCAAGGGGACGCAGAGCGACGUGGUGCUGUUCUUCAUCCACGGCGUGGGCGGCUCCCUGGACAUCUGGAAGGAGCAGCUGGACUUCUUCAGCAAGCUGGGCUACGAGGUGGUGGCCCCGGACCUGGCCGGACAUGGCUGUAGCUCCGCCCCGCAGAUCGCGGCCGCCUACACCUUCUACGCCCUGGCCGAAGACAUGAGGGCCGUCUUCAAGCGCUAUGCAAAGAAGAGGAACAUCCUGAUAGGCCACUCGUAUGGGGUUUCCUUCUGCACCUUCCUAGCCCACGAGUACCCGGACCUGGUCCACAAGGUGAUCAUGAUCAACGGGGGCGGCCCCACCGCGCUGGAGCCCAGCCUGUGCUCCAUUUUCAACAUGCCAACCUGCAUCCUUCACUGCCUGUCCCCCUGCCUGGCCUGGAGCUUCCUCAAGGCUGGCUUCGCUCGCCAGGGUGCCAAAGAGAAGCAGCUGCUCAAGGAAGGCAACGCCUUCAACGUCUCCUCCUUCGUCCUGCGGGCCAUGAUGAGCGGCCAGUACUGGCCGGAGGGCGACGAGGUCUAUCACGCCGAGCUCACCGUGCCGGUGCUGCUGGUGCACGGCAUGCAUGACAAGUUUGUGCCAGUGGAGGAGGAUCAGCGGAUGGCCGAGAUCCUGCUGCUCGCGUUCCUGAAGGUGAUUGACGAGGGCAGUCACAUGGUGAUGAUGGAGUGUCCGGAGACGGUGAACACCCUGCUCCAUGAGUUCCUCCUGUGGGAGCCCGAGAUGCCCGCCGGGGAAGGGCGAGAAGUGGAGAAGAAAUAAGCCAGGCAGCGAGUGGUGACCCGGCUGCGGUGCUGCUUUGACGGGAGGGACUUUUCGACGUGGAGAGAGACGGGGUCUGAGUGCAGGCGCAGAGGGGGUGUGGUGGAAAGCCUCCCCCCCACGUAUGGAGCUGUUUCCUUCCCUGGGUACAGCUGGAUUGGAAGCUGGGCUGGCUGGCGGCUAAGCACAAUGGCUUCAAGGGGAGCGUCUUUGCAGGGCUGGCGUGUGCAGGCUGGCGGCAGGAGUAGGGGCGCGCUCCCUGGGAGGGCUGCUGGAGCAUCUUCAUCCUGUUUCCUUGUAGUAUAAUUUCUCUCAUUCAAUGGCCCCAUUUGGGGCAGGGGGUGGAGAAGCGAGACUGUGGGGAGGGGCUCAGACCGGUUCCUCUAGGUACAGCCCGAGGGGCAUCCCACCCCCCAUGCACCAAAGGGGAAGCCAAGAGAUGAGGAUGGCUCUGCCCCCUGGACAAAGCCACAAGGGGCAGCAUCUUCCCAGGAGCUCUUAGCAACUAGAUCCCCCCUUUGCUUCGGCUGAACGUGUGCCAGCCCCGGGCAGCUGGAGCCCCUGGCCGGAGGGCCAGUGGUGGGCUUGGCCCUGCCUGACACAGGGUACCUGCCCCGAGGAGCUCACAGCCUAAAGGGCGUGCGGCUUUUGUCCCGGCGAGAAGAGAGGACUGGUCACCGCACGUCCGGCUGGUAGCAGAGCACGGCGGGAUAGUGACUGGUGGGGCCAGACUCCGAAGAGCAGCCCGAGAGCCUGGCUCUGGCAUGGAGGGACGGCUCCUGCCGACUGCUAGCUGCCCUGCCUUGGGGCGGGGCCCCUAGAUCUGCUUGACAGGAGGGGGCAGCUCAGCAAAGGACGAGCUAUCCAGCAGCAGGCUCUCCUGUUAUUUCACAGCACCCCCCAGGCCCGCCUUCCACCUCCUAAACCACCAGUGCUUUAGGUACCUUUCCCCUGGCUUCAUCCACACUACGAGCCUGUUUCCCCACACAACCUUCAGUGAACUGAUGGGGCCGGAGGAGGGGUUUGGGGAACUGAUUUUGAAGCUGCCCCCCGAUCAGUCAGACCGUAGGUCAAGGACACUGCAUCCGGAUGCGCUGCGACUCCAAACUGCUCCCUUUGCUGUGGCCAGGCCCUGCCUCAGAGCAUUUCUCUCACCAGCUGAGCGGCUCCCGAGCACAUAGUUUGGUAGCCCUGCCGGAAGCUGAGCGCGUCCGCACGCGAAGCGGAGAGGGAGCUGUGACACGUCAUCUUCUAGCCAUUAACACACUGUGCGUCCGUCCAGCCCUUUAGUGUCACCUUUUGCACCAAAACCUGGUGGGCGUCGAGUAAUCUAGCCCAGGGUUAGGGUGGGGAGGGGAACGCUGCAAGUAACGAAAGAAAAUCAGUCACGUUCCUAUAGCUGCAAGUACUAUGGAAAAACAACCCUUGGACCUGGUCCAUGCGGCUUUUCCUGUGGAGCCUGGCAAACCCAGCAGCGGGGCAGGCACCGUCCGGGAGGGGCUGAGUCUGCUGCAGAACAGGGGCUAUGAAGAGUUGAAAGUUGAGCUCUGAGACAGGGUACCUUUGACAGCAGCGACCAUUUCAUCCAUUCCACCACGGGGUGCACAGAAGCUGGGGCCCGUUGAACAGUGUCCAGCUGCAGGCCAGACUGACCCAGAGUCUCCCCCCACCCCUCAUUUUCAGCGACUAGGAGUGAGGGGAUGGGUGGGGGCUGCUGCGGGCCAGAGACCUGGCUGGGACAGCCGGGCAGGCCUCCGCGGCUCCCUCCUUCCCCACGCUGGAUUAUUGCCAGCUGACGGCCCAUGAAGGAACAGCACUUUGUGGGUGUACGGCUGCACAGCCAACCCUGUGCGGCACCGCCCGGGCCACCAGAGCCCACGCCGGGCUCAGCUAUCUCCCUUCCCUGCUCUGUCAUCGAAACCAAAGAGAUACAAACGAGCUCCCGCACUCUGCAGAGAACAGAAGGGGGGGGGCAGAUCUGCACCCCAAGAACAGAGGCUGAGCCGAUCCUCCACUGGAGCCAGAUCGAGUUGCUGGAAGGACCUUGGGGGGCCCCUUGAGUGCAGCUGGCCCCCUGCUCUUCUGCACAGCCAGGGCUGAGGUGCUUCCAAAGUGCCAGGCCAUGGGAGGGGCUUCUGCGCCCACCUGCGCGACGGCCCCACUGCUCCAGGCACGCUCGGCCCUGCCACGGACUGCAGCGGCCAUGGGCCAAGCCAAAAGCCACUGCUGAGCUUGGCUUGUCCCCGGGGAGCACAGCCCCAGGGCCUCUGACACGACAACAGUAACCGCCGAAAGCCUAGCGAUGGCCCGGCCAGAACAUAACCCGUCUCCCGAGACAGCAGGUUCUAGUGGGGAGGAAGCCUGAGUGUGGCAACCCGACUCCCUGCCCGCGGCUCCCCGGGAACCAGCGGGUUUUGAUCACUGACUGAAGGGCGUCAUGCCCGAGUGCUCCUGACCCAUGCAGCCGUGGUGAACUUGGCCAGCGCUCUGCUCUCCGUACUGGUUUGUCUCAUAAUGAGAAUUUUAACGACUUACAAGUCCAUUUACACAGUCGAUUUUGCCUCUAGUGAAUUGUGUGACCAAGUGGCUGCUAUUAACCUGGGGAGGCAGGAAUUUCUAGACUAAUGCCACCUGGACACCCUCGUCAGCAGUGACAUGGCUGGACAACCCCCGGGUUACAGCAUCUCUAUUAGCCUUAGUGGACGCUGCCUAGCACUUCAGCCUUCUGAUGUUUCUUUCAGACCAGCUGCAGAAAUGUGCAGAGACCUGUCAUAACCUUCCCUUUGCAAACUGAAUCCUCGGCGGUUAUUGCUCUGGGACUCGGAGGCACUUUGCUUUUGAAUGAAACAUAGGACUGGUCAGGAAAGAUCCCCCAGCCCAUUGGGACAGCGCAGGGGGAUGUUAACCUGUGCUGUGGUCCAGUCCCACUCUGGGUAAUUACUUCGUGCCUGCUUCAAAUUAACCCUGCCAUUUCCGAUUGAAACUGCUGCACAGCCUUUUGCUACAUGCUAUAAAACAGCUGCUGCAUUUCGGUGGGCAGGGAAAUUAUCCGGCUGUGGGUCAGACAGCCCUGGCUCACUGGACACUACAAACAGAUUCUCUUUGCACAGGAUUUGCAUGGGCAUCUCGGAGAUAAGCAGCAACUCAGCCAGCCCUGGCCCCGAGCAGCAGCAAAACGACACAGCAGCUUCCCAGGAGGAAGGACUAAAUGGCAGACCGGCUCCUGGCUCUCGUUCCUAGUUCUGAUGGGGUCCGGAAACGCUAACGCCGAGGGGUCUGUCAGACACACCCCGGAAUGAGGAAUGUGCAGUAACAACCCCAUUGCCAGGAGUGGGUUUGUGCUGGACCCUGUGCUGAGUGCAGACUGGGGCAUGGCUGCAGCGCCAGCCAGGCACAGGAGAACAGUCACUGUAGCUCAAAGAAACCUCUGCUUACUGCAGUAGACAGACGUGUCUCCCUCCCACCCCCCAACACGGGGGCAGCAGUGGGCAGCUAUUGACCAUGGCAAAGCCCUGGACCCAAUUCCUCCUCCCUGACACCAGUGGGUAUAAAAUGCCACCGACUCCAAACAGCACCGCCUUAGCACUGGGGGUUAAGGGCUGCCCCAGGUGUGGGGUGAAGAGGAGGUGGGUCACCUGGGUGCAGCCCUGUCCCCCCCACCCCCAUUAGAGCAGGGUGUGUUCCACUAGCCCCACUGAUGAGGGGAGGGGAGGAGCUGUUCUCCAGUGAGGAAGGAGGGAGAAAAGGCCAAUGCUUUGGCUUAGGUUCUCUCCCGCUAGGUGCAAGGGUGAGCUUCCCAGAGAACCGUCUCUAACCUCUGUGGCCUGCGGACGGAAGCCUGCUGCUGGCACUGGUCUGCCAGGCUGGCUGAUUUGACCCUGAACAGUCCCUCCCUACAGCUGAGCCCCAAGAGCGGCUUCCCCCGGCCUCCUGAUUUGUACUUGGAAACACAGGGUUGACCUUGCCGCUGUCUUGAGGUGACUGUUACUGUGCCCUGCUGUGGCACACGUUCUUUUACGUGUCUGGUGCCAUGAAUUCCGGAGUCGGUGCCGCUUGUACCUGACCCUGCUUGUGCUGAAGCAAAAGGGAAGUUGUGCACUGUCAUCCACCCUGUAAAGAUGACCCCCUAACCUGUGAGCGUGCCAUUUCCUACAGUAAAGAGCAAUUCUCUUCUCAGCACCCGGGACUUUAUUAACACAGUGACAGGCUCCUGCAGCCCUGUGCUCAGCAUAGGCCGGAGUCCGUCACUGCCGCUCUGUCA